UACUGAAAGCCAUUUUGUUUUUCAGGGUUCCUUGCAAGGGUACCUGACGCGAAGUUCCAACAACCAGCCGCUGCAGUUGCUGCAGUUCCGUCUUCAGCUUCACGAUGUUUCCAUUGGCCAAAAACGCGCUAAGUCGUCUCCCAGUUCGAAGCAUUCAGCAAAAAAUGUCAAGGCAGAUGCACCAGAAACAGGCACCCGACUUCCAUGACAAAUAUGGUAAUCUUGUAUUAGCUAGUGGAGCCACUUUCUGUAUUGCUGCCUGGGCAUAUACAGCAACGCAGAUUGGAAUAGAGUGGAACCUGUCGCCAGUUGGCAGAGUCACCCCAAAGGAAUGGAGAGAUUAGUAAUCAUCCCAGAUGGUGUAAUAAAGAAUUGUUUCAAAACCAACUCAUCAUUGAUGCCAAGUGAAAGCACUGUGUACCCAUUAAAAUAUGGCAUGAUUAGAGAAAUAAAAUACAUUUGAAACUUGUA